CCCUCCUCCUCCUUCUCCUCCUCCUCCUCCUCCUCCUCGCUCCCUCUCUCCGCCCGGCGCCGGGGCAGCUCCCAGCGGAGGCGUUGGGGACAUGGAGCGGACCUGAGGCGGUGGCGGAGCCCGCAGCGGCACCGGGGAGGGACCGACACCGGCACCGACACCGGGGAGAGACCGACACCGACACCGGGGAGGGACCGACACCGGCACCGACACCGGGGAGGGACCGGCACCGGCGGCGGCGGCACCGGGGCUCAGCGCAGCGGAGCUGAUGUCCAUGAGGAGCCCCGUCUCUCCACCCCCGGAGCUGGAUGGAGCGGGCACCAUGGUGAACUGCGCCGUCAAGACGGAGGAGAAGAAGGAGGGUGGCCCCGAGACCCCCCCGGGGGCCGCCCCCAGCGCUGAGCCCCGGCCCCACGACCCCCCGGGGCCACCACCCAGGGAUGGCACCGAGCCCCAGGCCCUGCCACAGGAAUCCCGCUCUCCCGCCGGGGACGUUCCCGAGCCCCGGCGCUCCGCCUUCGAGCCGGCCGGGAGCGGCCAGGAGAAGCUGGACUUCAACAGGAACCUGAAGGAAGUGAUGCCCACCAUCGAGAAGCUGCUGGCCAGUGACUGGAAGGAGCGGCUGCUAGGUCGGAACCUGGCUGAAUCCAAGGAAGUGAAAGGAACCCAGGAGAGCCUGGCGGAGAAGGAGCUGCAGCUGCUGGUGAUGAUCAACCAGCUGUCCACGCUGCGGGACCAGCUGCUGACGGCGCACUCGGAGCAGAAGAACAUGGCCACCAUGCUCUUCGAGAAGCAGCAGCAGCAGAUGGAGCUGGCGCGGCAGCAGCAGGAGCAGAUCGCCAAGCAGCAGCAGCAGCUCAUCCAGCAGCAGCACAAGAUCAACCUCCUGCAGCAGCAGAUCCAGCAGGUCAACAUGCCCUACGUGAUGAUCCCCGCCUUCAGCCCCGGCCACCAGCCCCUGCCGGUCAGCCCCGAGUCCCAGCUGGCCCUGCCCAUCCAGCCCAUCCCCUGCAAACCGGUGGAUUACCCGGUGCAGCUCCUGCACAGCCCUCCUCCCCCAACGCUGAAGAGACCCGCGGGCCCGGGCCACCUCCAGAUGCAGGAACCCUCGCAGCCGCUGAACCUGACGGCCAAACCCAAAGGUCCCGAGCUGCCCAGUGCCUCCAGUUCGCCCAGUUUGAAGCUGAGCGGGUGCCAGUCCCUGCCGCCGAGCCACGGGGCCAGCAGGGAGCUGCAGAGCAGCCCGGCCAGCCUCCCUCUGGGAUUCCUGGGAGAGGGCGAUGCCAUCACCAAAGCCAUCCACGACGCGCGGCAGCUGCUGCACGGCCACGGCGCCGCCAUGGAGGGCUCAUUGAGCAGCCCCUACCGCAAGGAGCCGGUCGGGAUUGACUCCUCCCCGGUGAAGGAGCGGAUGGAGGAGACCCCCGGCCACCGGCUGGACGAGGCUCUGCUGAGCUGCGAGAUGGACGGCUCCCGGCACUUCCCGGAGUCCAGGAACAACAACCACAUCAAGCGGCCCAUGAACGCCUUCAUGGUGUGGGCCAAGGACGAGCGCAGGAAGAUCCUGCAGGCCUUCCCCGACAUGCACAACUCCAGCAUCAGCAAGAUCCUGGGUGAGAUCCCGGGGCCGCAGGGCAGCCAGGUGCCCCCCAGCUCCUCGGACGUGCUGUACCCGCGGCCGGUGGGCGUGCAGCUGCCCCCGCCCCUGCUGGAGCAUUACCUGCCCCGCGGCGCCGACCCCGCCAUGCCCGUCAUCGUCAACACGCGCAGCCUCAAGGACGGGGACGCCGGGGACGACGGGCACUCGGUGCCCGAGGGGGACGUGUACCGCUACAGCGAGGACGAGGACUCGGAGGGCGAGGACAAGAGUGACGGCGAGCUGGUGGUGCUGACGGACUGA